GAAGAGAGACAGGCAGCAGAACUCGCGAGGAGCGGUCGGUCCCCGUCGCUCGCGUCACCUUUGACGAACCUAGCUGCACCCUGAGGAGAGAGAUCGGCGCCCUCGCCAGGGCCAUGUGAACCCUGACACUUGCUUCCGCGUGUUGCGUGUCGUGCUACACAAAUGUUGUGAUCUUGCCCACUUGAUUGACUGGAUUCUUUCUGAAGUUAGUGUGCGGUGCUUUCGAUUCUUCCACAAGUUCGGACUUCGGACGGACACAUUUUCGACACCCCCAGUGAACAAAACUGGCCUCACGAUGCCGCGCAUCAAGCAGCACUGCCCCAAGAAAAUGAAAUGGGAAGGCGGUGUGGAAAUCCCAUGCACGGAGCAGGACGAAGGCGGCGAGUCGAGCGACGGCGAAAACUCGGUGGGCUCCGGGGCGGGCAGUGCGUCCGUGGCGGGCGACAACCCUUGCGAAGACGCCCUGGGCCGCAAGUCGAUCAGCCCUCCGGCCAAGCUGAGCGUCGUCUCGCCCGAGCUCCUCAUGCAGAGCCCUCGAUGUGAAUCCCGAGAUCUGUCAUCCUCGGUGGGCCGAUCGGUAUCCAGAAGCUCUUCAGAAGCCAUGGACACCACCCCAGGUAUGAAGCGCCACCUGGACAGCGAAGACGAAAACGUUCCAAUCGAGGAAGGAAUCUUGGACUUCAGCAAAAAGAAGCACCGGGGCAGCGCCGCCGACAGCGAGUGCCUCAACCUAAGCAAGGGAUCUCACGCGACACCGUCACCAUCUCCGAGUGCGGAGCCGCUCAACGGCCCUCUGGACUUGUCCUGUUCGCGAAAAAGAAACGCCCAGCCCACCUCGCAGGACACCAAAGUGGUCAAGCAGCAGCGGACGGAAUUUCCCAAGAACAGUUGGACGCCGGCAAACUUCCCGUUCGGCUUCAACAGCAAACUGGGCAAGCGGGCUGAGGAGGAGGAGUGGAACGGCAAGAGUCCGAUGAGCGUGAAGAAGUUCACCGAAACCAGCAAGUCGCUGAACGAGCUGUCGAAACUGGGCGAGGACAUGUUCAGAAAUCAACUUCCUCCGCGGCAAACGGCCUGGCAGAGUCACUGGGUCAACAAAGGCAGCAUCGAUAAGAACAAGGAGGUCUUCAAGUGCGUCUGGUGCAAAAGUUCUUUCCACACUUUGGCUCAGCUGACGACGCACAUGAAGGAGACUUCCCACUGCAACAGCAACGCUCCACCUUCCUCUCAGGGUUCCUCCGCGAAGAGCAACUCGGACCUGAACCUGUUGAUCAAAGAAACGAUGCCCCUGCCGCGAAAGUUGGUCAGAGGCCAGGACGUGUGGUUGGGCAAGGGCGCCGAGCAGACCCGGCAGAUCCUCAAGUGCAUGUGGUGCGGCCAGAGUUUCCGGAGCCUGGCGGAAAUGACGUCGCACAUGCAGCAGACCCAGCACUACACCAACAUCAUUUCCCAGGAGCAGAUCAUCUCGUGGAAGUCUGCCGAGGAAAAUCCUUCCGCUGGUUCCAAAGCCACCAGCAGCACCAGUGGAGGCGCCGGCGGAGCAGCCUCGGGAGGAGGGCCUGCGACCACCCCCACGCCACCCCCGAGCACGCAGCAGUCGCACGUGACGGCCGUGCUCACCUGCAAGGUUUGUGAUCAAGCGUUUUCCAGUCUCAAGGACCUGAGCGCCCACAUGGUCAAGAAUUCGCACUACAAGGAGCACAUCAUGCGCUCAAUCACGGAGUCGGGCGGGCGGCGCCGCCAGAAUCGGGAGAAACGCAAAAAGUCGCUUCCGGUUCGAAAGCUGCUCGAGCUGGAACGAGCGCAGCACGAAAUCAACGUUUCGGCCAAGAACGGCUCAGAGUCGAUCAAGAAACUGGCCACCUCUUCCAAGAUCUCCUGCGAAAAAUGUGGCGAGAAAAUCGAUACCUCAAUAUUCGUAGAACAUAUCCGCCUGUGCGUGGGCAACGCUAGGAACCUGCUCAAGUCUGCAUUGCUCUCCAACGAAACGACGCCCGAGAGGGAGGUGCCCUCGGACAGCAAGAGCGGCAAGGAGCAGGCGUCGCCCGAAGCCUCAACGGGCAACUCUACCUCACCGUCGGUGCUGAACGCCAUCGAGAAGCUGAUCGAAAAGAGUUUCGACUCCAGAGGUCGGCAGAACUUUCACCAUUCCUCCAUGCCCAACCCGAACCUCGGCUCGAGCAUUCUCAAGAGGCUGGGCAUCGACGAGAGUGCAGACUACACCAAGCCCCUGGUAGACUCGGCCAGUCUCAACCUGCUGAGGAACUACCCCACCUCGCAACUGCUCAGGCCGCGAGAACGCAGCGGCAGCGAGUCCAGCUCGCGGUCGCGUUCGCAAACGCCAGACCGGAAGUCCACAUCUCAAGUCACCCCUCUUCCGGCCACCAUUGACGAAAACUCGCAACCCAAAGCGGCAGCGUCCCCCACCUCUCCCAAGUCGGACCCGAAAAGUCCCUUAAGUCCUGUCAAGGAGGAAAAGCAGGAGUUUUCUGACGAGGAAAAGCUGCUGGAGAAAUCGGCCAAAUCGUUGUCGUCGCCAAAAAACGUGCGACGAACCCCCAGUCCGGCCGGAAGCGAAAGGUCCGAGGCGAAUGAGCGUGACAGUGAGCGCAGCACUCCCAAGUCUGACAGUGCCAAGUCGCUGAACGCCCUGUCCAACAUGUACGACAGCCUCUCGGGCAAGUCUUCUUCCGCCGAGAAUGGGGGUGCGUCCGGAAAGAACCCCUCGAGCCACCCGUUGGCGGCGCUGCAGAAGUUGUGCGACUACACGGAUCGCACCUCGGCCACCUCGAGCCAAUCCUCGUCCCCGUUGGCGGUGACCAACCCCGGCGCCAUCUUGGCCUUCACGUGGGCCUGCAACGACGCCGUGGUCGGCGGCAACGCCGACUCGGCGCUCAUCAAGUGCGCCUUCUGCGACACGCCGUUCAUCUCCAAGGGCGCCUACCGCCACCACCUGUCCAAGAUGCACUUCGUCAAGGACGGCAACCUGUCGGCCGAGAACCACUCCAAGAGCAACAAGAAGACGCCGUCGCCGCCCGUCGCCAGUACAAGCUCCGAAUCCAAUUCGGCGCGCAAAACGCCUCCGAACAACAACGACGCCGGCUCGUCUUCCGGUGCCGCCGCCGCCGGCAGCUCGUCAGCCGCCGAGGAGUCGCCGCACUCAAAAUUCCUCAAGUAUACCGAACUCGCUAAGCAAUUAUCCAGCAAGUACGUCUGAAUUCUGUUUCCCCUCCUUUAAUUAAUCUCACCAAGAGAGAAAUUAAAAUAAAAUAGCGAAAUACGGCGAGAGUUAUUUCAAAACCAAAAGUAGCACCGAAGAAUAAAUAAUUAUUAUCCUUUGGAAUUUUUUAUUAUUGUUUUUAUUAAACACAAAUUUUUACAACGUCAUGUAUAGCUGGUUGAAAUCAACAAUAGAACUAAAUUUAAAAAUAUUUAAAUAUUUAUAUGGAUACAGAUAAAACUUAGAUGGUAUUUAAAUUUAGUUAUAUUGUUAAUUUCAACCAGCAAUACAUGACAUUGCAAACAUUUGUAUUUAAUAAAGACAGUAAUAAUUUGGAAUUUUCUAGAAAUUUAAAAGUUCUUAACGUUUUCUGACAGUCCUUAGGUGAUAUGGAACCCAAAUCGACAAUUUUUCAGCAGGAGCAUCUUAACUUUUGUAGAAAGAUUUCACUUGUCAAUUUCAGUGUGAAAUUCAUGCAUUUGUUGGAAUAAUUUCACCUAGCCUUAAAAUGUUAUGAAUUAAGGACUUUUGAAUUUCU